CUAUCGCGGUUGUGACGAACCUACGUGACCUUCUCCUACCAACCAUUUCCUUCCUCCAUCAUUGUGUUAGGGUUUUUGGUAUUUGCAGUUCCUUCACUUCCAAACACACCGAUUCACAUUCACACUCUCCUAAGUCUUACGCAAUGGGCAGUAAAGGUCGCAUGCCACCGCCACCGCACCUGCGGCGGCCGCACCCGCCUGGACCGCCCGCGAUGCCCCACCCGCUGGCAGCGCCAUUCGAUCUGUUGCCGCCGCCGCAGGUGAUGGAGCAGAAGCUCGCGUCGCAGCACGCUGAGAUGCAGCGUCUGGCUACCGAGAACCAGAGGCUCGCCGCCACGCACGGCGCGCUGAGGCAAGAGCUCGCCGCCGCGCAGCACGAGCUGCAGAUGCUGCACGCGCACAUCGGGGCGCUGAAGGGGGAGCGAGAGCAGCAAAUGCGCGCCGUGCUCGACAAGAUCGCGAAGAUGGAGGCUGAGGUGCAGGGUGCGGAAGGUGUGAAGCUUGAGCUGCAGCAGGCGCGUGGGGAGGCGCAGAACUUGGUUGUGUCGAGGGAUGAACUUGUUUCGAAAGCUCAGCAUUUGACUCAGGAGCUUCAGAGAGUUCAUGCUGAAGUGAUUCAGAUUCCUGCUCUUAUCUCUGAGCUUGAUUGUCUCAGACAGGAGUAUCAGCGUUGCAGGGCCACUUUUGACUAUGAAAAAAAAUUGUACAAUGAUCACCUUGAGUCUCUUCAGGUGAUGGAAAAGAACUAUGUUUCUAUGAGUAGGGAAGUGGAAAAACUUCGAGCAGAGCUUACAAACACAGCUAAUGUGGAUCGAAGAACUAGUGGGCCAUAUGGUGGCACCUCUGGAACUAAUGAGAAUGAGGCUUCUGGUCUUCCUGGGGGACAAAAUGCAUAUGAAGAUGGUUAUUCUGUUGUGCAGGGACGUGGCCCCCUCCCUGCGGCUAGUGGUGCUGGUGGUGGCAAUGCCAGUACAAUUACUACUCCUGGUGCUCAACCUGGUCCAGCUCCUGCAGGGACUGGUUAUGAUGCUCCCAGAGGGCCUACUUAUGGUGCAUCUACAGGGCAUUCUUAUGAUGCACAGAGAGGUGUUACUUAUGACACACAAAGGUUGACUGGUUACGAAGCAUUUAGAGGAUCUGCUUAUGAUUCCAAGAGAGGGCCAAUUUUUGAUGCUCAAAGAACUGGCUAUGAUCCGCAGAGAGGACCAGGUUAUGAUGUCCAGAGAGGACCUGCUUAUGAUGCAUCAAGAGCAGCUGGCUAUGAUGCACCAACAAGAGGUGUUGCUGGUCCUCAUGGACAUGCUCCACCAGUAAACAAUAUGCCUUAUGGAUCCACAACCCCACCUGCUCGUGGUGGAGGUGGAUACCCUGCUAGGAGAUGACCUUGAGUCUUGAGAUGCCUAACCCAUCAUACAUUGAUGGCACUCAAAUCAAGUAGCGUGUCAAGUGCUACUAGAAAGCUCAUCUCACGAACGUCUGUUUUGUCCUAUCUUUCUUAUGUAAUGUGCAUAGUAAACUAGAGGGGAAAGGCCGUUAUUGGGAAAUGCAUUCUCACAGCAUAUAAUUGUUCUAGAUGAGGUUGGUAACACAGUAUCAAACCUCCCCUAUCUAUUGGAGUAAUUUUAUUUAAGAUAGCUUAAUUU